CAACAACACGCGCAUUUCUCAAUCGAGACCGAUCAUAACGCCCUCGAUCUCCUCCUCCUCCUCCUCCUUCCCCUCGUCCCCCCAUCACGCGAUGUCGUCCGGUCGGCCCGGCGAGAAGGUCGUGCACCAAGACUACAUCGCGCGCAUACGAUAUAGCAAUGCGCUUCCUCCUCCACCAAAUCCGCCAAAACUGCUGGACAUUCCAGGAACUGGGCUUUCAGGCGGGCAAUACACGAGCGCUGGCUACUCGUCGCGACUCGCGCGAGAUCAGCCACUGAACAUCGAAGCAGAUGCAGAAUUGGGAAUGCCCAUAGAUCUGAUUGGUAUACCCGGCAUAUUUGAGGGCAAGGAGGAAGCCAUAUCUUUCCGACCCAAUGCGAAAGAGCUCCUGCAUCCUGCAGACAGGGCGCUUCUGAGACCAUUAGGGCAGCUGGGCAAAGCAGGGGCAUCACAAGGCUCUGUGUCGUUUCUUCGGAGAACCGAGUACAGCUCAUCGCAACAAGCACAACAUUUCUCAUCCUCGACAUCGAAAGACCUGUUGCGAAUGCGCAAUGACAACAAGAGGCGGAAAGCUUCCAUGAACAAGGAUGACCCAAUCAACAUCAUGCGACAUAUUGUGAAGGGCUUCGACAUUGCAUAUCCCCAAGAUGCAUACAAAGGCGAGGACAACACAGAGAACCUGCGCGGAGCAGAGGUUACUGAUGCUGAGCUCAAGGCGUGGUCGCGUCCCAAACACCCCACCAACCCAGACUUGAAACUGCUCGACUCCUACCCAAUUCUGCCCGAUGCAGAUGCUAUACCAUCACUCGGCUUCUACAUGGUCAUGAAGUAUGUUUCAAAUCCAUCAGACAUCCGCGAUACCUACGAUCAUCGGCUGGACACUGCGCUCAUGAAACCUGUGUCCGAUGAGCGAGCGAACGAGGAAUUUGCAGAAAAGCUUCGCGAGUGGCAAGAGUCUGAUAUGUCAAAACCGGAACCCAUCCAGGAGUAUGACUACGACUACUACCUCCCCAUCGAUCGUCAAGCUGUGCGCGGCAUCAAGAGGAAGCUGGAUGUGGGAGCGGCUGACAAGGACGACGAUGCGCUCUACACAGACGACAAUGGUGACGGCGUGCCAUGCUUCAAGUACAAGCGAAUACGGACAUACGAGACGUAUAAACAGCAUGGAGACAGCAGGAACAUGUACAAUGAUGCGGUGGCUAUAGCGUUGCACGAUGCAGAUGGCGAAUCUGGGAGUGCACGACUGCAGAAAGGAGCAUACUUUUAUCCAGUUGUACAGACGACGGCCCUGCGGCCGAAACGCCAGACAGCGCAGAGCCAGUACGGCACAGAACCCAAAGUCGACGAGCUGAACGUAGUAAUAGGCGAUCCAAAGGUCGUGGCAGUCGCAGAAGAAGAAUAAUACCUAUCCACGUAGGGGUAGGUCCUCGAGAGUCAAGAGUCCAGACAGGAGGCUUAUGCCACGGUCCAGGGAGGUAGACAGAUAUUCGCAGUUUCGGACUGAGACAGUCAAGUUGUCAAUAGUUAAGUAUACCUAGGUCCUCGAGAGUUGAGACACGAGGCUUAGGCUACGGGCUAGUGAGGUGGACAGAUGACAGCAGCUUCAAACCGAGACAGUCAAGUUGUUGAUAGUCAGGUAGUCGUAGGAAGCCACACAUGACAGUAGGUACAUUGUCAUCGUGACUGCCUAGGUAGCUCGAGUGACUUCGGUGCUCGACACUACGCGGCUCUACAGUUUCUACUAUAAAC